AUUUUAUUUAAUUUAAUUGGUGAGUUUUGUUAAAAAUAAAAAAUAAAAAAUAAUAAUUGGUGAGGGUGUUUGCUAGCAUGCGCGAUGGGGGCACCGCAUCUCCUCUAAACAAGGCGCGCAGCAUAGCCAACUACGGACGGCGUGUCCGUCUCCCCCUCUUUCUCGAAAUAGAAUUGUGAUCAUUUUGGUUUCUAUGCAGAGCGGUUAGUAAAAUUCGCACUGACAAAAAAAGAAACAACAUUCAACGACGCCGUAUUGUGAAGGAAUCCGUACCACCGGCGAGGUUUAAUGGCCGCACCACCGGCAAGGGCGCGAGCAGAUUACGACUGUCUUAUCAAGCUUCUCCUCAUCGGCGACAGCGGUGUAGGUAAGAGUUGUCUUCUUUUGCGAUUUUCUGAUGGUUCCUUCACGACUAGUUUCAUUACCACCAUUGGAAUUGAUUUUAAGAUAAGAACUGUUGAACUCGAUGGCAAACGAAUCAAGCUCCAAAUCUGGGAUACCGCUGGUCAAGAAAGAUUCAGAACAAUCACUACAGCUUACUACCGUGGAGCAAUGGGCAUAUUGCUUGUCUAUGAUGUCACUGAUGAGGCGUCCUUUAACAACAUUAGGAACUGGAUCAGAAACAUCGAACAGCAUGCUUCUGACAAUGUCAACAAGAUAUUGGUAGGAAACAAAGCUGACAUGGAUGAAAGCAAGAGGGCUGUUUCAACCGCCAAGGGUCAAGCAUUGGCAGAUGAGUACGGGAUAAAAUUCUUUGAAACCAGCGCUAAAACCAAUCACAAUGUGGAAGAAGUUUUCUUCUCUAUAGCUAGGGACAUAAAGCAAAGGCUUUCAGAGUCGGAGAGCAAAUCAGAGCAACCGUCAACGAUCAAGAUGAAUCAGCCGGAUGCAGCUGGUGGAGGUGGGCAAGCUGCACCCAAGUCAGCUUGCUGUGGUUGAAUAUGCAAGGUACAAAGGCUGAGGGCAGUUAAGUAGGUGCUACAUCUUGAGCUAUUGUGGUGAAAAUGCAUCAGUCCUCAGCAAAUUUUUCUGUUUUGGUUAUGCAUUAUUAUUAGGGUGGUUUCACUGGAAGAGGUUAAAUUGAGUUUUGCUUCAGUUUGCUCCUAGAUUUGAUUACAUCUAGCCGUCACUGCAGACUUCACAUUUUCUCUUCAUGAUUCUGUUUUGACGUUGCAUGUUAGAUAAAAUUCUACAGAGAUACUUGGCCUCUGUCUCUCUUCAAGCAAGCAAAAAAGGAUCAUUAAGUCAGCAAUUGUAAUCGUUUUUAGUAAUCCUUUGUUUUUGUACAA